CAAAUCGAUCCAUUUGUUUACGGAGGUCGUCUGCUAUUUCGUCGCGUUCUACCAGUGUUUUGAGAUCGACUAUUAUGCUCUGAAUCGUGUUUUUAUGUGACUUUAAAACGAAACGAAGCUGAAAUGCCGGGGUCUGAAGAUAGCACGACGGAACUCGGAGAAAUAGAAAAUGUUAGGGUUGUGGUUCGCGUUCGUCCUUUAAAUGGAAAGGAGUUGGAUGGGCAUUGUAAAAAUAUUGUACACGUGGAUUCUAUAAAUAGCGAAAUAACCGUUGAGAAUGCAAAUGCAGCGCAGGGAGAGCCACCAAAAGUCUACUCCUUCGACGCUGUCUUCGACACAGAUUCAACGCAAGUUGAUGUCUAUAACGAGACCGCAAGACCUAUCGUGGACAAAGUUUUGCAGGGUUACAAUGGAACUAUAUUUGCGUACGGCCAAACCGGCACUGGCAAAACUUACACAAUGUCAGGCGCGAAAACAUCGCCACAGCUCAGAGGUAUUAUUCCUAACAGCUUCGCACACGUCUUCGGACAUAUAGCUAAAGCUCACGACAACCAAAAAUUCCUAGUACGUGCAACUUAUUUAGAGAUUUAUAACGAGGAGGUCAGAGAUCUAUUAGGUAAAGAUCAAAAUACGAGACUAGAAGUGAAAGAAAGACCCGACAUUGGAGUGUUCGUGAAAGAUCUAAGUGGUUACGUCGUAAACAAUGCUGACGAUUUAGAUCGAAUAAUGUCUCUCGGUAACAAGAACCGUGUCGUUGGGGCUACGGCAAUGAACGUAUCGAGUUCAAGAUCCCAUGCGAUAUUCACAAUCACCGUUGAAUCUAGCCAACUUGGAGAAGACGGCGAACAGCAUGUUAAAAUGGGCAAACUUCAUUUGGUCGAUUUAGCCGGUUCAGAACGACAAAGCAAAACUAAAGCUUCCGGAGUUCGCUUAAGGGAAGCGACAAAGAUUAAUUUAUCACUUUCAACGUUAGGUAAUGUAAUAUCAUCAUUGGUCGAUGGUCAAAGUUCACACGUGCCUUACAGAAAUUCCAAACUGACAAGAUUGCUUCAAGACUCGUUGGGUGGCAACUCGAAAACGUUAAUGUGCGCGAAUAUAAGUCCCGCGGAUAUAAACUACGACGAGACUAUAAGCACGCUUCGUUACGCGAACCGUGCUAAAAACAUUAAAAACCGGGCGAGGAUCAACGAGGAUCCGAAGGAUGCUUUGCUCCGUCAGUUUCAAGUGGAGAUUGAACAGUUACGCAAACAGUUGGAAGAAAACGGCGCUGAGAUCUCAGAGUCUGAGGACGACACUGAAGACUCCGAAGACACUGGAGAAACCAAGCACGAGAAGAAAGCAAGACGCAGAAGAAGUCAAAUAUUAACGAUGGAAGAGCUAGAGGACAGAGAUGCAGAUUCCACGGAGAAGAUCGACAAAGCUGAGAGGGAAGACAAAAGCCCGGAUGACAAAGACGUUAUAGAACUGAAGAGGACUCAGAGCGAGAAGGAAGCAUUGCGAGAAAAAAUGCAAAAUUUACAGAACAAGAUUCUAGUGGGGGGCGAGAAUUUAUUGGAGAAGGCUGAAGCUCAAGAGCAGCUAUUGGCCGCUGCAGCGAUCGAGCUGGAGCAACGCAAAAGCAGAGAGGAGCAAUUGAAAAAGGCGAUCGAGGCGAAGGAAGCUGAACGCAUCGAUAUAGAAGAGAAAUACUCCUCUUUGCAAGAAGAGGCAGCAGGGAAGACGAAAAAAUUGGCACGAGUGCAUACGAUGCUGAUGUCCGUUAGGGCGGAAUUGUCAGACUUGCAACAAGAGCAUCAGAGAGAAAUGGAAGGGCUUUUGGAAGGAGUCAGAGGCAUUGGAAGAGAAUUACAGCUCCAAGAGCUGAUAGUAAACAGUUACAUACCUGUACAGUAUCAAACGAUGAUCGAAAGAUAUGUUCAUUGGAACGAAGAUAUUGGUGAAUGGCAAUUGAAAUGUGUAGCGUAUACUGGUAACAAUAUGCGCAAGGCACAAGCAGUACCACCAGUGGGAAGUAACAAAGACCCUACUCAACCCGACAUGUCGAAUAUAUAUCUUUCGUAUAAUACUGGAAUAGACAAUACAUUCGUGCAACCAAAGAAAAUAAGAGGACGAUCCGGGGUUCCAAGACCAACAACGGCACACAGACGUACACCGCACUAAAAUUAUAUUUAAGUUACGAAAUGAUAGAUAUAUUUAUUUUUCAUUAAGUACCUCUUUUUUUUUUUAGCAUUUUUAUCCGAGAUUAAUUUAUUUUUGUUUAUAUAAUUUGUACGAAGGACUGUGCGUUUCAUAUAAUUACACAUUUAUCCCAAUUUUUAAUACGUUCGAUCGUAUUUUGGAUAUUAUAUGAAAGCGAAGAAUAUAUGACAGAGUAGAAAAAUAUCUUGCCUAAAAGAAUCUAUUUACGAUAACUGGUAUCGGAAUCAUGUUGUAUAAGUUGUAAUAUGAGAGAGAUUAUAAACUCGACGGAGUUUUAAUUUACUAAAAUCGGACAAUUUUCUUCUAACUUAUAAAUGCUGUACCGAUCGAAGCGAAUUGCCAUAAUAGUAGGAUUUUACGUUCCGCGUAUUUAUAUUUCUCUGUGAUGUCUGUUAAAUAUUAGAUGUCGAUACUUAAAUUAAUAUUGAAUAUAUAGAAAUUACAUUUUCAUAUUUAACAGCAUGCAAUAUAAAUUAUUAUUAAAUAGAAGUUUGGUAUAAAGAUUUUAGAGAGGAAAAUAUGUGCUGUACCUGUGUGAUAAGAAAUAAAAUGUUUUACUCUAUACAUAUACGUUUUAACAAUACUACUUUAUUCCCUGUUUUAGAAAACAAUCAAGGGUUCGUGUGAUUUAAAAUACAGUGACUCACUUAAAAUUGUACACCUAG